AUGACUGCAGUCCUCGCGGGAGCCCUCGCGGGUAUUUGCGGCCUCGAGAACCUCUGGGGGUUUGGGGUGUAUCUGCUGCUGACUGUAAUGGGUCCUUUGGGGUUUGGGGUGUAUCUGCUGCUGACUGUGAUGGGCCCUUUGGUGUUCGUCGCGGAGACAAGAAAGCCUCUAAAUAAUUAUUUUCAGCAAUCUUCAGAGCCUUUUACGAGCAGCCUCUUUUCGGGCUUGUUGCGUGAUACAGAGUCUGAGCCUAACGCUUACAGCUGA